CUCCUCGCUGCGUGUCUCAGACACACGCAGGCAGGCAGGCAGGCAGACAGACAGAGGUAAGGCGAGGAGGAGCUGCAGCUCCACAGGACCAUCCGUUUAAAUGGGAGGCAGGUCAUGCGCUUGGAAUAUACCGGGCGGUGAACUGUCAAAGCUCUGAACAGCGACAGCACACCUCUCCUCUCCGCUGCUCUCUGCCGGGCACUGCAGUUCAUUAACUCAUCUUAUGAGAAGAAAUAAAUAAAUCUGGAAAUCAGCGCAAAACUGCUGCAGUAGCGAGGUUUAUGUGAUUUUUUCCUGUGUUUUUCCCUGGAUAAAAUGAAAUAAAACUCAUGUUUCACCUACGCUACUUGAAAUAGCGCAGAAUCCUUGAGCCGUCGGUCGAGGAGGACUUCUCCUUUCGCCUCUAUAAUUCUCUCCCCGGAGCUGCAUCCUCUGAAGUCUAGAUUUACCUGUGUGUGGAAGAUAUGAGGUUUGCAGGCUCCUUGUGGACUGUUUGGUCUCUUCUGAUGCUCAAGGAGGUGGCAGGCGCUGAAACAAUCUCAGAAACAUCACUCAGUCCUGGACUCAGCACUGUGACGGGACAGAGUGAGAAGGCGCUGAGCCAAGGUCAAUACAGAUGUGUCGAGCCAUCCAGAAGAGAUGCCCAAGAAAACAGAACCGGUCUGUUCUGCAGCCCAAUGUGGGAUGGUUUUAUGUGCUGGAACAAGACGCCAGCUGGGGAAUCCGUAACGCAAACGUGUCCAGAUCACCCUGACCUUAGUGCAACUGAAAAAGUGACCAAAUAUUGUGACAAAUCAGGUAACUGGGUCCAGAUAGGCUCAACUUGUCAACCAGCUUUAAAAGGCAAAAAGGAAAUUGAUUUUUUAGAGGAUGCGGCAGGAGAGCCAACCAUGGAAGCCAUAUGGGUCAGAACAGAAAAAAGUAUUCUUGAAAAUGAAAAUAAAUGUCUGGAGAAAAUGAAGAAUGACCCUCCUUAUAAUAAAUCAGGACUGCAUUGCAGUAGGAACUGGGAUGGUUGGCUGUGCUGGGAUGAUACUCCAGCAGGAAACUACGCCUCACAAAACUGUCCUGAUUACUUUGUAAAUUUUGAGCACGCAGAAAAGGCAACAAAGUACUGUGGAGCAGAUGGACACUGGUUUCAUCAUCCAGAGAGCAAUAAAAUGUGGACCAACUACACACUCUGCUUGACUACCGAUGACAAGAAGCUGAGGAAACUCAAAAUACAUGAAAACAAACAGAAAUGCUACCGAAAAAUGAAACAAAACGCAGCAUUUGACAAAGCAGGUCCAUACUGUGGUCGCAACUGGGAUGGUUGGCUGUGCUGGGAUGACACGCCAGCAGGUACCUAUGCCUCUCAGAGCUGCCCCGAUUAUUUUUCUGACCUCAACCCCACAGAAAUGGCUACAAAGUACUGUGCAGAAGAUGGACAGUGGUUUCACCAUCCAGAGAGCAACAUGACUUGGACUAAUUAUACACUGUGUGUUGGUAACAACCGGGAGAUAUUGACGGCAACUGCACAGUUUUCAAGAGACGCUGAGGUGGAGCUCUUUAGUGAGGCCACAGAGAGUUCAGAGGUCCAACAAAAGGAUCAGGAAAUUGUACGGAAAAAGAUCCUUGACAACCAAUACAAAUGCUUUGAGAAAAUGAACAGAGAUCCACUGUACAACAAAUCAGGAUUGUACUGCAGUCGGAACUGGGAUGGCUGGUUGUGCUGGGAAGAUACUCCAGUUGGAACAUACACAUCCCAAAACUGUCCCAACUAUUUUGACGACUUUGACCCUACAGAGAAGGCAACUAAGUACUGUGGGGAGGAUCGGCAAUGGUUUCGCCACCCAGAUACCAAUAGAACCUGGUCCAACUACACACUCUGCAAUGAAAACACUAAGGCAAAGCUAAAGUCUGCGUACAUCCUGUUUUACAUGGCAAUUGUGGGCCAUGCUUUAUCCAUAGCCUCCCUGCUUAUCUCUCUGGCCAUCUUCUUCUACUUCAGGAGUCUGAGCUGUCAAAGGAUCACCCUCCACAAGAACCUCUUCUGCUCCUAUGUGCUGAACUCUGCCCUCACCAUCAUCUACCUUGUCACUGUGGUCAACAAUCCCAAAGUGGUGGCAAGUAACCCAGUUAGCUGUAAGGUUUUGCACUUCUUCCACAUGUACAUGUUGGGCUGCAACUAUUUCUGGAUGCUCUGUGAGGGCAUCUACCUGCACACACUCAUCGUGGUGGCUGUGUUUGCAGAGGAGCAGCACCUGCACUGGUACUACCUGCUGGGCUGGGGCUUUCCUCUGGUCCCGGUGUCCAUCCACGCUGUAGCGAGGAAAAAGUAUUUUGAUGACAACUGUUGGAUGAGCGUUGAGACCCAUCUGCUCUAUGCAGUACAUGGACCUAUAGUGGCAGCCCUUCUUGUUAAUCUCUUCUUCCUGCUGAACAUUAUAAGAGUGUUGGUGACAAAGUUGAGAGACACUCACCGGGCAGAGUCCAACAUGUACAUGAAGGCAGUGAGAGCCACCCUGAUCCUGGUGCCUCUUCUUGGAAUACAGUUCGUAAUUUUUCCUUGGAGGCCAGAGAACCGCCUGGCCGGGGAGGUCUAUGAGUACAUCAUGCACAUACUCAUGCACUACCAGGGUUUGCUGGUGGCAACAAUAUUCUGCUUCUUCAAUGGAGAGGUGCAGGCAGCUCUAAAGAGACAGUGGAUGCAGUACAAAACCCAGUGGGGUCAGCGUCGGAAGGAUCACUGCUCAAUGCGCUCCACGUCCUACACUGCCACCUCCAUCACCGAGGUGCCGGCCUUUAUGUACCACCACGAGUGCCAAGCUGAGCACCUGAACGGGUGCCACACGAAGGACUCAGAGCUGGUGGCGCUAAAAUCGGGUGACACGUACGCUUAGAUUACACUUCAAUCCGGAACAUAACACCAGACACACACCAAGUCAGAAAAAGAAAACUAUUCUGGUCUAGCUGUCUCAUCUCAGCGAAUAAAUCUCAGAGGCUGGUUUGUUCAGCAUGGGGUGAAUAUACGGGUCUGGAGACAGAGAGCUCAUCAGGACAGAGGAUUAGCUACGAGACUGAAACAUUUUAUUUACACUUUACUCUUACGUUGCUGCUGCGGCAGCGGCAACAGCAGCUGCUUUCUCUUUUUUAAGAACUUUGAUGUCGAGAAUCUACAGCAUGAGAGAAGAACUGCUCAUGAUGUCUGCCGACUUCCUAAAGCUGCUAUUCUGUGUGAGAGCCAGCUCAUGGAGACGGAGAGGAAAUAAAUGACUGCAACUGGGGUGCUUUCUGUUCUCGAAGAUGGUGAUGAUGGUGAUGAAUGUGACAGUAUUGAGAGUAGCAGUUCUAACUACAUGAUGUUGACCUACAAUGAUGGAAUGAUGAGGAUCAUUAUUAUUAUUACUAUCAAGCAGGGGGUCUGAAUCAUUCCUGGCCUCACCUAUACCAAAGGGCACUGUUUGUCCAUCACAGCUAUGAGGAGCAUACAGUGUGUCUCUUGGAGCACAGAAGCAGAAAUUAAGCUCUCCCACAUACAUUAAGUUAAUAUGAAAUGACAGAAGUAAAAUUUCUAGACACUCUUUUGUGCUUACAACUCUGGAAUUGUGUACAUAAUGUAUGUUCAAUUUGUUUGAUUUGAAAAAAAGUGUUUAAAUGUUUUCAAAUGACUUUUUCUCAUUUUCUGUUUGUGUUUUACUUGUUAAUUCCUAACUCUGCUACCUGUGUGUCCUGUGAUGCUGCAUUCCUGACGGCUUUGUUGUUUCAAAGUUGCUGUAUCUGUGCUGAUGCUGAAUAUCACAGGGCUGAGAGGCAAAGAUGCAUAUUGUAGACAGAAAAAUAAAAAUAUAUUAAGGUUUUAUAA